AGAAGAACGAUAUUUCCGGUCACAUGACAGUUCCUCAGACCAGGAAGUGCAGGGUUCGAUGUAGCUUUUGAAAACAAGUGGAAGAGAAGCUGAACGUUCACGUAGCUGCGAUCGCCUGGAAGCAUCUUCAACAUGGAGGACACACUCUUCCAGCUCAGAUUCACCACGAAGCAGCUUGAGAGACUGGCCAAGAAGGCUGAGAAGGAUUCUGAGAAGGAGCAGGCCAAGGUCAAGAAGGCGUUGCAGCAGAAGAACGUGGAAUGUGCCAGAGUUUAUGCAGAGAACGCCAUCCGGAAAAAGAAUGAAGGUCUCAACUGGCUGCGCAUGGCGUCCCGAGUCGAUGCUGUGUCCUCUAAGGUCCAGACGGCUGUCACCAUGAAGGGAGUGACCAAAAGCAUGGGCCAGGUGACCAAGGCUCUGGACAAAGCUCUGAGCUCCAUGGACCUGCAGAAGGUCUCUGCCAUUAUGGACAAGUUUGAAACUCAAGUACAGAACCUGGACGUCCACACCUCGGUGAUGGAGGACUCCAUGAGCUCGGCCAUGACGCUGACCACGCCUCAGGAGCAGGUGGACGACCUGAUCCACCAGAUAGCAGAGGAGAGCGGCCUGGAGGUGAUGGACCAGCUCAACCAGCUGCCGGCAGGAGCCACCUCUGUGGGCGCUCCGAGCACAGCGAGCCAAGAGAAGGAGGACCAGCUGUCUCGAAGACUCGCUGCUCUACGGAACUGAAGGCUGCUCUGGGAGCGGUGAUGGCGCUGAUGGCUGCGAGGAAGCAGAUGACAGGAGCUGUGUGUGUGUGUGUGUGUGUGUGUGUGUGUGUGUGUGUGUGUCUUUGUGUGUUUGCGUGCGCGUGCGUUUCAAUCGAACUGUUCCUAUCGGGAGGACUUAAUGAGGCUAUUGAUUCCCACUCUCCUGCUUUAUAAAUACACACACACACACACACACACACACACACACACACACACACACACACACACACACACACACAACCUGAGAGGCAUGAAUCUCUCUCUCUCUGGUUCACCUUCCCAUUAUCGAUCCAUUUCUAUUUUCUCCAUUUAAUUCCCCACUGGGUCUCAAUCCCCCCCCCCCCCCCCCCCUUCACACUGGAUGUCUGCCUUGUACAAAAAGAAAAACAUUUUACAGACUGUGUAAUGUAGAGGGAUGGAAACACAGAGUUUUAAUGGGCACUUACAGUCAUUAUAACAGAGUAGACAGUCGACUUCCUGUUUACACCACAUGACCCGUGUGUGUGUGCUCGGCUCCAUCCAAACUACAUCCUGUUUGUGGACAGAGAUUAUUUCUGAUUCUGAGAAAUCAUCUGGAUGAGAUCGAUUUAUUUUACAAUUGAAAAGGAUUUCAUGUGGACGGGUGUGUUCACGUUUUAAAAAAACAUUUUGAUCCAUUUGUCAGAAAUGGUUUAAUAGUGGAUUCUCCUCAGAGGAACAAGACUCUUAAAUGAAUUGGGGGGGGGUUGUCAGUUUUUGCACUUACUAUUCUUUGUUGUUCUUGUUCUUGUUGUUGGUCACACUACAGAACAUCGCCCCCCCCCCCCCCCCCCCCCCCCCGUCAGCCUCCGAUCAGCAGCCUCCACCUGACCCCACUAUAAAACACAGUCACUCAUCCCACUUGUUGUUUCUCUGUGUCGAGCUUUGAUUCAGACUUUUUGCUUUCAACGCCUUAUUUGGGAAGCAGGUGCUUUCGGGGGGGCUUCCCUCACCAGUGCCUCACACAGGAGUUCACAGGCCGUCUGUAACUCAGUGGAUUGAAGCUGCCUGGUCUCUCUCAUAGAUACUUGGUAUUUGAUUUAAGUUGUUGAUACUCUUGCCCCCUCCCUAACCCCCCCCCCCCCCUCUCAACGGACACAUCGGAACCUCAUUCAGAUAUUUUUAGAAGCGUCUCCGGCUGAUCAGCUGAUCACUUGUCUCAGUUUCAUCCUGGACGGUUUCAGGAGGACAACACUUCCACUCAGAGCUCUGAUGCACCAGCUGGAUUAUUUAGAUUUUUGAUAUCUAGUUUUUUUCAUAAUUUCCCUUGUAAACCAUACAUCUGAUGGGAAAGUUUCAUUGGUGGUGUUUUGGGUAAAUGCAGGAGACGUGGACAGAGAAGAAUGAAAUGUAGAAUGUCAUCAGAACAUUUAUCUGAGGACUGGUUCCAUUUGUCUUUUGUUGUUUUCAGGAUGAAGCUCUGUACUGAGCAGCUUCCCUUCCUCUGGGUCGGUUUCUGUUUUCUCCAUUUUAACACUAGGAAGCUUCAUUUGUACUCAGAGGUCAACAGACGUAUCAGCAUGUUGGUUUUGUAUAUAUAUAUCUAUGUGUAUCUUAAAUAAAUAAAAUCUGCCCUCUGA